AUUCCUUGACGUUAAUGUUUAUGUAAUAUUGUCAGAAUGAUUAAAACGAACAGCUGACGCGGUGCAGGUGAGGUGCGAAUCGUUCCGAGAUUUUUUCUUAAGAGUUUUGUUUGCUGGCCAGGGUGUAUAUUUAGCACCAGACUCACUGUUGCCAGAUGCACGUAAUUUGAGUCAACAAAAUAAAGCCCUUUCCAGAGUGAUGGGGUUGGUUAAUGUGCCGGUGGAAAACAAAUAAGAAAAGAUGAGCAAUCGGAUGAUUUUUCCGCGGAUUCUCCGUUGCACUGCCGCACUGCAUCGCUUCCUCCCCAGUUUGCCAUCGCUUUUCUUGCGCCUUUCGUAAUCUUGUGCAAAUUGACUCGGAUGUGAUAAUGGUCUAAAUUUACUGUGUGUUGGGUUAUCCGGAAAUUAUUGGUGAAUUAUGCCGGCAGCAACGGAACUGUUCCCGAUUUUCCCGUUGAUUGCGGCUGUUUGGAUCGGGACGGUGCGGCUAUUGUGGCAUCUGCUGGACUGUACUAUCCUGCACUUGACAACCGGGUCUAUGAGGCUGUUGCGGCUGGAAGAAGAGCAGUGUGAUCCCUUGCAGCAGCAGGCGGCAGCCGCGUUUCCAUGCUGGACUAAGAUGAAAUCAGCCAGACCGCAGAUCUUGUUACUGGAGGAUGUUGCCGCUGUGCAGGCCACUGAGGCGCCCACCGAUGACGACAUCGCCGAAUACGCUCGUGCGCUGGGCAUUAACGUGAAGGACGAAGUGGAUCUGGUGUGGAUUGCCCGUGAAGGUCUCAACGCAUCCCUUCCGCCGGGCUGGCGCGCAGUAGAAGACCAGCCGACGGGACAGAUUUACUAUUUUAACACGGAGAAUGGCGUUUCCGCGUGGGAACACCCGCUGGACACCCACUUCCGGCAGAUGGUGGAGCGCGAACGCCAGAACCGGCUACGACGGCGGUGUGUCGAGGAGGUACCGCCCGAGCUGUUGCUGGCCAAUGGAGAUACCCUGCCACCGCGUCAAGCCUCGCCGUACUCGCAUUUCCGGACAUCCUCCCCGGUGUCGCCAACGACACCCGGCAGUCCCACCGGCAGCGGUCCCCCACGCAACGCUUUGCGUCCGCGCGCUGUUUUCGCCCCGCCGCCGCGUUCGCCGGCCGGUGCCGGCAGUGGCGGCAACGUACCGCCCUGGGCGCGGCCCGCCACUCCGCCGGCGCCGACCACCCCGACGCCUUUGCGGCCUUUGUCGGCCACGACGUCCCCCUCACCCACUGCCAGUCCCACACCGUCGGCCAGCCCCGGCGAGUCGCGCCGAAGUCUCCUAAAUCUCAACAGCUCCGAUACUUCAUCUCCCCCCUUCAACCGACCGGCCUCUCCCAAUGCUCCUCCAGUUCCACCUAAACCCCAGGUCACACCCGAACAGAUGUCGGCCCUUGAGAAGCGCAGGGCCUCGGAAUCAUUCCCACAGAACGAUAUGGCGCUGGGUGAGCGGCGACCUUCCAGUGGAUCGGCAGCCGUCGUUGGGCAGCUGUCCCCCGCCGCCGCCAGCACGCCGCCGCCCGUGGCGGCCAAACCCAGCGUUGAACGAAUCAGCGCCGAGAAAGUCAGAGAAGAGGAGGCGCGGAUACGGCGGGAAAAUGAGGAGACCAUCCGCAAGAUGCGUGAACGCCUGCGGCUGGAGAGGGAAGCCGAGGAGAAAAAGCUGAGGGAGCAGAUGAAUGAAGAAAUUCGCCUGAUGAAAGACAAAAUUGCCAAAGAGCGGGAAGGGAAAGAAAAGGAUUUACGAAAUGAAAUUGCCGGUGAGCUGAAGAGGGUCAACGAUAACUUGCAAAAGGAACGAGCCAGUCAGGAAAAAACUGUCCGCGAGGCCAUGAAUGAUGAGCUGCGGAGGCUCCGUGAUCAGUUGAAGGCCGAAAAGGCCAGCCAGGAGCAGCUAUUAAGAGACACGUUGCGCGAGGAACUGCAGAAAACAGAAGAAGCUCUGCGGAAAGAGGAGCUGGAUCGGCGUAUUGAAGCGGAAAAACGGGAACGCGCCGAACUGGAACAAUUGAAGAAAUCCAUGGAAGCGGAAAUCAAUAGUCUACAGGAGAUUCACCGCAGACGUGUCGAGGAGAUCCGCCAGAAACACGCGCAGGAACUUAAACAGGUGGAGCAGGAACUGGAUAAAAUGAACCGAGAACUGGAUAAGAUCAAGAUGGAAGCAGCUGAUGAAGCAUUUUUCAAGAAAGCGCAGAUUGAUGCCCUUGAAAAGCAAAAAGGAGUCCUAGAAAGCCAGAUUCAGGAUCUGCGCAAACAGGAAAAUGAGGUGAAACAGCAAUGCGAUCAGCUCAAAGAAGAGCUAAGAAUGUUGGCGAAGGACCUUAAACAAAGUCAAAUGACUCUGGAAAGGCUGGAAAGACAGCGCACCGACAUGGAAGAAGACAUGUCUUUUCUGCAGCGCGCCAAACAACGCUACCUCGAACGCGUCGAUCAGUUGAAGACAGUCGUGGAGGAGCAUCUCGGACCGAUAGCGGAAGGCAGUGGUGAGGCGCUGACUGACGCAGCCGGUCUUCCUGCCGACGCACUCACAAACGAGACAGGGGAACUUUCAGAGCCGCUAGAUUUGUCGGAGUCGACGUUGAUGGCCAACGGGCCGGUGUUUGCCGACGAACCAGCCCACAGCGGCGUUCCCGUUGGCGUUGACCUCGAUGACCCCAUCAGCGGCUUCGCGCUGCCAACGGCCCGUCCGCGUAGUCCGCAGCGCGAACGCUCACCCUACUCCUCAAUUAUCCGGCGUCACUCGUCGCACCGCAGCCUGUCACCCCGCAGCAACAGCAGCAGUCAGGCCACUGGCAACGGCCGCCGUGACAUCCGCGCAGUAACAUCCGGCCAUGUUGUUAACGUACGGAACCUGCUGCGCGAGCUGCUGAUCGAUGAAGCUUCCUUCUUUGUUGCACUCUAUCUGUGCCCCACUAACACUGUCCACUGUCUGGCAACGCCAACUAACCUGAUUAACCUGUACAAGUGCGGCAUGAACGUGGUGAUUAACACGGACGGCAGUGGCCAGCAGCGACUAAGCGACUGCCCUCCUCCCGCUGCAGGCUGUCACUGGUCAGCAGUCAUGCUGAGUCCUUCGCGCCCCCCAUCACCCUCCGCAACCGGUUCGCCUCUUACGAUGAAGCAGCCGCCCAAUCGGCCUUUGCUCCCGCUGGCGCCGGCGCCAAGUCCAAGCAGCGACUGCGAUCCCGAAAAGAUCGACCGAAAAGUGAUACCACUACGGCGCCCUGACGCGUGUCAACUGGUCUGCCAUGACCCAGGUUCGUACAUUCUUCAAAAUCAGCUGGAUGCCUUUAAACUAUGGAUUGCCAAGCGAACGUACUGAAGCCGGCAACGCUUGUUGUGUCGCGCAGUUGUUUUCACGGCGGGUGAUUGAUUUGGCGAUUGUGACACAUCGUGAUAGCUCUCUUUGUUUCUGGUUCAAAGUAAAUUUUUUUUUAUCUUAUUGGUUGUCAUUUUUGGUGCACAGCUGCAGUGAAUAAUAAAGGUUUAACAAAUUUUCGACGGUCACGUAUGCCUGCUAUAGUUGUGUUUAUACAAUAUUUAUCGGCCAACGAUUAAUAUUGCGGGACUAAU